AUGAAGCCUUAUGUGAUUUCCAAGGGCUCGGGGUUUUGUAUUCCGACUCGAGCUGAUGCGAUUCCUGCCAGGAGUGCGUUUCGGAACCGGGACUCUACAAAGAUUGCCAUUGGACAGAGUAAGUGUGCGGCCGAGGUUGAUCUAGGCAUUCUCCAACGUUGUGAGGAUGAAGAUGGUUGGCUAGCUCCUAUCAUCCUAGCUGACAAGGGCAAGGGGUAG